UCUUCCACUUUUAAGGACAUGUAAAGAAUUGCCCUAGAAGGAAAAAGAUUAAUUUCAAAGAGAGAGAGAGAGAGAAAGACACAGACAGACAGAGAGAGAGAGAGAGACAUGGGACCCUUGAGGUUUAUGUUUCUGCUGUGCCUCUCGGCUGCAGCGAUGUCUAUGGUCCGGAGUGAAGACCCUUAUCUCUUCUUCACGUGGAAUGUCACCUAUGGCACCAUUUCUCCACUUGGAGUCCCCCAACAAGCCAUUUUCAUCAACGGUGAAUUUCCAGGACCCAAUAUCAACUCCACCACCAACAACAACAUUGUCAUCAACGUCCACAACAACCUUGAUGAGCCAUUCCUGGUGACAUGGCACGGCAUCCAACAUAGGAAGAACUCGUGGCAAGAUGGAGUGUUGGGAACCAUGUGCCCCAUUCCCCCUGGCACGAACUACACAUAUCACUUCCAAGUUAAGGACCAGAUUGGGAGCUACAUCUACUAUCCCACAACUGCCAUGCAUCGUGCAGCUGGUGGCUUUGGCGGCCUCCGCGUGAAUAGCCGGUUGCUCAUUCCCGUCCCAUAUGCCGACCCUGAGGAUGACUACACUGUACUCAUUGGUGACUGGUACAGCAAGAGUCACUCAACUCUCAAGAAGUUCUUGGACAGUGGCCGCUCCCUUGGUAGGCCAGAUGGUGUCCUCAUCAAUGGAAAAUCCCCUAAGGGUGACGGCAAGGAAGAGCCUUUGUUCACCAUGAAGCCUGGCAAAACCUACAAAUACAGAAUCUGCAAUGUUGGGAUUAAGAAUUCCUUGAACUUUAGGAUCCAAGGCCACCCAAUGACGCUUGUGGAGAUGGAGGGAUCCCACACUGUGCAAAACACAUAUGAGUCCCUUGAUGUUCAUGUAGGGCAAUGCUUUGGGGUUCUUGUCACAGCUGAUAAAGAGCCCAAGGACUACUACAUUGUGGCCUCCACACGAUUCACCAAGACCGUCCUCACUACCAAGGGAAUCGUCCGCUACACCAAUGGAAAAGGUCCAGCCUCACCUGAGAUCCCUGAGGCUCCUGUUGGUUGGGCUUGGUCACUUAAUCAAUUCCGUACCUUCCGUUGGAACCUUACUGCUAGUGCUGCUAGGCCUAACCCUCAGGGCUCCUAUCACUAUGGUUCUAUUAACAUUACCCGUACCAUCAAGCUCAUCAACUCAGCAACCAAGGUAGAUGGCAAGCUUCGAUAUGCUAUCAAUGGUGUAUCCCAUGUCGACCCUCCUACACCUUUGAAGCUCGCUGAGUAUUAUGGAGUCCCAGACAAGGUCUUCAAAUACGACAUCAUAUCUGAUGACCCACCAGCUGACGCUGUAGAUAAAGUCACCUUGGCACCCAAUGUCAUGAACAUGACAUUCCGCAACUUCAUAGAGAUCAUCUUUGAGAACCACGAGAAGAGCAUCCAGUCAUGGCAUGUGGAUGGAUACUCCUUCUUCGCAGUCUCUGCUGAGCCUGGGAGGUGGACUCCAGAUCGCAGAAGGAACUACAAUCUUCUUGACGCUGUAAGCAGGCACACAAUCCAGGUGUUUCCCAAAUCCUUUGCAGCUAUCCUCUUGACAUUUGACAAUGCUGGCAUGUGGAACAUAAGGUCUGAGUUGACUGAGAGGCGCUACCUUGGGCAAGAGCUCUAUUCUAGCGUUCUCUCUCCUGCACGAUCCCUCAGGGACGAGUACAACAUGCCUGACAACUCCUUGCUCUGUGGCAUAGUCAAAGGUUUGCCCAAGCCCCCACCAUACGAAAUCUAAAGAUGAUCCACAUACCUCUUUGCCAUGUCGCCACUUCAUACAAUGAGGGGGAGAGAGAGAUGGAAGGGAGAGAACCAGAUAUACAUCGUGUGUAAUAGAUGAGAGACAAUUAUGUAAUUGUAUGCAUUUUUUAUGCAAAGAGUGUAGAAGAUGGCAAAGAAUAACAAUGAUUGAAAA